AUGGAAUCUGAUGUCGAGUUUUUGUCUGAAAUUCCUGCUUCUAUCCAGAAGACACGCAUGGUCGUAAUGGGAAGAACAAUUGAUGAUCGAGAAGAUAAGAAUGGGAGAAAAACGGUCAAAGAUGUUGAAGUUUCUGUACCGAUUGUGUGUGGAUCGAUUGCGUUUUUUCGUGGAAAGAAUGUUAAAGAUUAUCGAACACAUAAGUGGACUGUUUAUGUGCGUGGAGCUACGAAUGAGGAUCUUGGUGUGGUUAUAAAGAAAGUCAUCUUCCAGUUGCAUCCAAGUUUUCAGAAUCCUACUAGAGUGGUUGAUUCACCUCCUUUUACAUUAUCUGAGUGUGGAUGGGGAGAAUUCAAAAUCGAUAUCACCGUCUUCUUCCAUACCGAUGUCUGUGAAAAGAAAUUGGAGUUGUCUCACAUGUUAAAGCUGAACCCGGAGAAUGACUAUGGUGCUAUUCCUCUGUCUACCAAAAUACCCGUUGUCGCUGAGUUUUACAAUGAGAUUGUCUUACCUGACCCUUUCGAGAGUUUCCUCGCCCGUGUGCAUAAUCACCCGGCUGUACACAUCUCUAAGCUCACAGAUGGAUUCAACAUGCUUCCUCCAGGAGUCACUGAAACUUAUUAUGAGAUGAAAAAAGGAGACACCAAGGAUCAUCCGCUUAGCCAAUGGUUUUUGAAGUUUUCAGAAGCCGAAGAGCGGCUAAAUAUUUCUGCAGCUCGUCAAAAGGUUUCUGCAGCUCUCUAA